AUGGAGCGGCCCCGGGGAGCUGCGGACGGCCUCUCGCGCUGGCCCCUCGGCCUCCUCCUGCUCCUGCAGCUGCUGCCGCCGUCCGCCGUCGGCCAGGACCGGCUGGACGCACCGCCGCCGCCUGCGCCGCCUCCGCUGCGCUGGGCCGGGCCGGUCGGGGUGAGCUGGGGGCUGCGCGCCGCCGCGCCUGGGGGCCCCGUCCCCCGCGCUGGCCGUUGGCGCCGCGGCGCGCCCGCCGAGGACCAGGGCUGCGGCCAUCUCCCGGACUUCGUCGCCAAGCUGACCAACAACACGCACCAGCAUGUCUUUGAUGACCUCAGUGGCUCGGUGUCCUUGUCCUGGGUUGGAGACAGCACUGGGGUUAUUCUCGUCCUGACUACUUUCCAAGUGCCACUGGUGAUUGUGAGUUUUGGACAGUCCAAGUUAUAUCGAAGUGAGGAUUAUGGAAAGAACUUUAAGGAUAUUACAAACCUCAUCAAUAACACCUUCAUUCGGACUGAAUUUGGCAUGGCGAUUGGUCCUGAGAACUCCGGAAAGGUGAUAUUAACAGCAGAGGUAUCCGGUGGAAGCCGAGGAGGCCGAGUGUUCAGGUCUUCAGACUUCGCCAAGAACUUUGUGCAGACAGACCUCCCCUUUCAUCCUCUGACUCAGAUGAUGUACAGCCCUCAGAACUCCGACUACCUGCUCGCCCUCAGCACUGAGAAUGGCCUGUGGGUGUCCAAGAAUUUUGGGGAAAAAUGGGAAGAAAUCCACAAAGCAGUAUGUUUGGCCAAAUGGGGAGCAGACAACAUCAUCUUCUUUACCACCUAUGUGAAUGGCUCCUGCAAAGCUGACCUUGGUGCGCUGGAAUUAUGGAGAACGUCUGACUUGGGGAAAACCUUCAAAACCAUUGGCGUGAAAAUCUACUCGUUUGGUCUUGGGGGCCGUUUCCUUUUCGCCUCUGUGAUGGCUGAUAAGGAUACAACAAGAAGGAUCCACGUGUCAACAGACCAAGGGGACACGUGGAGCAUGGCGCAGCUUCCUUCCGUGGGGCAGGAACAAUUCUACUCCAUUCUGGCAGCCAAUGAUGACAUGGUAUUCAUGCAUGUAGAUGAACCUGGAGAUACCGGAUUUGGCACGAUCUUUACCUCUGAUGACCGUGGCAUCGUUUACUCCAAGUCUCUAGACCGACAUCUCUACACCACCACGGGUGGAGAGACCGACUUCACCAACGUGACUUCCCUCCGUGGAGUCUACAUAACGAGCAUGCUCUCCGAAGAUAAUUCUAUUCAGAGCAUGAUCACUUUUGACCAGGGAGGACGGUGGGAGCACCUGCGGAAGCCGGAGAACAGCAAGUGUGACGCGACCGCCAAGAACAAGAAUGAGUGCAGCCUUCAUAUUCAUGCUUCCUACAGCAUCUCCCAGAAGCUGAAUGUCCCCAUGGCCCCACUCUCGGAGCCCAACGCCGUGGGCAUCGUCAUCGCUCAUGGUAGUGUGGGAGACGCCAUCUCGGUGAUGGUCCCAGACGUGUACAUCUCAGAUGAUGGGGGUUACUCCUGGGCGAAGAUGCUGGAAGGGCCCCACUAUUACACCAUCCUGGACUCUGGAGGCAUCAUCGUGGCCAUUGAGCACAGCAAUCGUCCUAUCAAUGUGAUUAAGUUCUCCACAGAUGAGGGCCAGUGCUGGCACAGCUACGCAUUCACACAGGAGCCCAUCUACUUCACCGGCCUGGCUUCGGAGCCCGGAGCCCGGUCCAUGAACAUCAGCAUCUGGGGGUUCACAGAGUCCUUCAUCACCCGCCAGUGGGUCUCCUACACGGUCGACUUCAAAGACAUCCUUGAGCGGAACUGUGAAGAGGAUGACUAUACCACAUGGCUGGCACACUCCACAGACCCUGGAGAUUACAAAGAUGGCUGUAUUUUGGGCUAUAAAGAACAGUUCCUCCGUCUAAGAAAGUCAUCUGUCUGUCAGAAUGGGCGAGACUAUGUGGCGGCUAAGCAGCCCUCCUUCUGUCCCUGUUCCUUGGAAGACUUCCUCUGUGACUUUGGCUACUUCCGUCCAGAAAAUGCCUCAGAGUGUGUCGAGCAGCCGGAACUGAAGGGGCACGAGUUAGAAUUCUGUCUGUAUGGCAAAGAGGAGCACCUGACGACAAAUGGGUACCGGAAAAUCCCAGGAGACAGAUGCCAAGGGGGGAUGAAUCCAGCCCGAGAAGUAAAAGAUUUGAAAAAGAAAUGCACGAGCAAUUUCUUGAACCCCAAGAAACAGGACUCCCGCCCACAGGGACACAGCUUGUCCCAGAAUCCAGCUCCGCCUCCUCUUGGAUACACUGAAAACACACACUUCAUAUCUCCUACCCAGAAGCAGAAUUCCAAGUCGAAUUCUGUUCCUAUUAUCCUGGCCAUCGUGGGACUGAUGCUGGUCACAGUUGUAGCAGGAGUGCUCAUUGUGAAGAAAUAUGUCUGCGGCGGAAGGUUCCUGGUCCACCGAUACUCUGUGCUGCAGCAGCACGCCGAGGCUGACGGGGUGGACGCUUUGGACACAGCCUCCCACACUAAAAGCGGUUAUCAUGAUGAUUCAGAUGAGGACCUCCUGGAAUAGCUCUUCAGAGGAGCUGGGACCGAGCUGGUGGAGCCCCAGUACCUCCUACAGACUUGGGGAAAUAAAUUUCCCAGUGCGUCGGACCCAGCUCUGUUUCUGCUGCUUCAUCCAAGCCCAAAGGACCUACACUAAAGAACGCAGGGUGGGGGUGGGGAACCCUGGCUGAUCUCACAGUUGGCUCUGAGAAGAGGGGGGAAAUUUUAAAUUCUUUUAACUUUUUGUUUCAAGUUCUGUCUUUUGUAAACGUGUGGCUUUAGGUUCCUGUUGGUUUGUUUGUGUGUCAAGGGAAAUGAAGUAGGAUUCAAAGGGAUUGUUUCGCUGCCCCCACUCUUGUGUGUUCUGGGUGGUGCCUACCCCAGGGCAUCUGCCAACUCCACUGUCAGCUCAACUCUCACAUCAUACCUGGUGCUGACCCUGGGCUCUGCUGGCCAUGGGAAGCAGCCUCGAAGAAGGAAACAAGGUGCAGUGACUGGCACUGGCUGACUGGCUCUUCCCCAUCUGUGGACAGCCCUGCUCAGAGAACACUGCGCCCCAG